AUGACCGGCGCUACCAACCAUCACUUCCAACCGCCGACGUCGCACCACCACCACCAACCACCACCCGCGUCGCGUCACCACCAACCGCCCAGUUCGCAUCACCACCCACCGCCCAUGUCGUACGACCAACAACCCCUCCCAUCGCCUCCGUCGCAUAACCACAACCACCGUUACCGCCACCGAGAACACUACUACCCACACUCGUCCUCCUCCUCCUCUUCCGCCUCAAUUCGAGGCUGCUGUUGCUGCCUUAUCCUCCUCUUCUCCUUCCUUGCCCUCCUCGUUCUCACCGUCGUCCUCGUCAUCGUCCUCGCCGUUAAACCUAAAAAACCGCAGUUCGAUCUCCAACAAGUGGGCGUUCAAUACAUAAACCUCGCCGCCCCCGUGAAUGCUCCGACCACCGCGUCUCUGUCCCUGGCCAUACGCAUGCUGUUCACCGCCAAAAACGACAACAAGGUGGGGAUCAAGUACGGAGUGUCGACGUUUAAUAUCAUGUACCGUGGGAUUCCCUUGGGUCGGGGCACCGUACCCGGGUUUUAUCAACCCGCUCACAGUGUGAGGCAGGUUCAGACCACGGUGACGGUGGAUCGGGUGAAUCUGUUGCAGGCGGACGCUGCUGAUUUGGUGAGAGACGCUUCGCUUAAUGAUCGGGUCGAAUUACGGAUCAUGGGUGAUGUCAAUGCCAAGAUCCGGAUCCUGGGGUUAACUUCACCCUCUGUGCAGGCAUCAAUUGAUUGUGCAAUAGCCAUAAGCCCAAGGAAGCAAGCUCUCAUUUACAAGCAAUGUGGAUUUGAUGGUUUGAAAGUAUGAUCCAUCUCAUCUCAUCUCAUCUCAUUUCAUCCAAUUUUAAGGGAAAAAAAUGCAUUGGUUUUAUUGGAUUUUGAGUAGGGUUCGUUAUGCACGAUUUGAUUUCAUGCGGUUUAACUCCGACCAGUAUCAAAUCAUUGAACGUGGUUCGAUCAACCAUUUGCUUUUUAUGGUUACUCCAAUUUUUGUAUACUUCAACGAGAAAGGGAGGUUGCUUAUGAAACGAACUGUGUAUAAAAUGAAAUUACUUCUAUUU